AUGAAUUCACCAAUGAAAAAGAAUCUUUGGUUGCGGACGACAGAAUAUUAUAAUAUCAUCGAAAAUAUCAGGGAAACGAGUCGUCAUAUCGCUGAUCUGAAUGAACAACUUGAUAACAUGACAAAAAGUACCCCUGAUGGGACUGACUGCAUUGUAGAUUAUUUCAAAACACCGGAAGAAAAGGACCGAACUGAUGCGUUGAUGGAGUCGUACAUGAGUGCAAUACAAAAGAAAGAUGAUCUCAUUCAAAAGCUGUUCGCUACUGAGGAACAACUAUUAGAGGACGAACAUCGCCUGAAAUCGUUGACUCUCGAACGAGCAAGUAACUUCGUACGAGGAAACGACGAGCCGUUGACGGCUAGCAGAAGAAUCAUGACCUGGCUCAGAGGAUAA